AUUAGUAAACAUUCAAAAAGACAAAAAGGAAAAUUGAGAGCUUUGCAAAAAAUUCUCUAAAAUAUAUUUGAGAAAUGGAAAGACGAUGAUUGGCUUUGGUUUAUAUUAUUGGGAGAUGGGUAUUGAGCUAUCAGUAGGUCAUCCGAAUCAACGCACUCGUCUUCGCGCGAUCCAAUAGGAGAAAGAAAUGGAGAAAAGGGGAGAUGAAAUCAGUGUAGAAAACGGGGGAAAGGAGAUGGCAAAAGACGGUUCCAUUUGUGGGUUCGAUUCUCUGCACCGACUCCUCCAAUCUUCACUCUCUCCCCAGCUUUUUCAGGAAGUCAGCCGAUUACUUCUUGGGCUAAACUGUGGAAGAGCACUUGAUACUAUUGCUAUCCCUGAGCCCGCCAAGUCCCUCUCUUCAAAGCAUGAUUUUGAUCUACAGGCAUUUUCUUUUCUUGCUGAAAAGGAGUCGCUGAGAGAACCUCGCAUCGUGAGGGUGGGUCUGAUUCAGAAUUCUAUUGCUCUUCCAACAACAGCACCACUGUUGGACCAAAAAAGGGGCAUCUUUCAGAAAUUGGCGCCUAUUAUUGAAGCUGCAGGCACUUCGGGAGUCAACAUAUUAUGCCUACAGGAGGCGUGGAUGAUGCCAUUUGCGUUUUGCACUCGUGAGAAGAAGUGGUGUGAAUUCGCAGAGCCAGUAGAUGGAGAAUCAACGCAAUUUCUUCAAGAGUUUGCUCAGAAAUACAACAUGGUUAUUAUUAGUCCUAUUCUUGAAAGGGAUAUUAAACAUGGGGAGACAAUAUGGAAUACUGCUGUAGUAAUUGGAAAUAAUGGUAACAUAAUCGGAAAGCAUAGAAAGAAUCAUAUACCUAGAGUUGGGGACUUCAAUGAAAGUACAUACUAUAUGGAAGGAAAUACUGGGCAUCCUGUGUUUGAGACAGCUUAUGGAAAGAUUGCCAUCAAUAUAUGUUAUGGAAGACAUCAUCCUCUGAACUGGUUAGGUUUCGGAUUAAAUGGUGCUGAGAUUGUCUUUAAUCCUUCAGCAACUGUUGGUGAACUAAGUGAACCAAUGUGGCCCAUUGAGGCACGCAAUGCAGCAAUAGCAAAUAGUUAUUUUGUUUGUGCAAUCAACCGAGUUGGGACUGAAAUCUUCCCUAAUCCAUUCACCUCAGGAGACGGGAAGCCACAGCAUGCAGAUUUUGGACAUUUUUAUGGUUCCAGCUAUAUAUCAGCCCCCGAUUCCUCAUGUACCCCAUCUCUAUCCCAUCACAGGGACGGGUUGCUGAUAUCGGACAUGGAUCUCAACCUCUGCCGGCAACUUAAGGACAAGUGGGGAUUUCGUAUGACCGCCCGUUAUGAAAUGUAUGCAGAUUUGCUUGGUCGUUACGUGAAGCCGGAUUUCGAGCCGCAAGUCAUUUCUGAUCCCUUGUUAAAUAAGAAAACCUCUUGAGGAAGAAGCUGGAAAUUUGGUUGCUGGAGUAGGGUGUGUAUUGUUGUGGACAUGGCAAGGCAUCUUGAUGUUGGUUGUGUUUGUAAAUAUUUUCUCAACAGUCGAAAAUAAAAAUGCUGGUUAUUGUUCAAUGUAUUUGUUUGUGGGACUGGCAAAGCUUCUGUGGCUAAAUAUCCAAGUGUGCUGUGUUGUUAAACUUCA